AUGUCAAGACCAAAGAUUUGCAGGGACUUUGCCAGAAGGGGAACGUGUUCCUUCAAAAACUGCAAGUUUCAACACGUAAAUGACACCGGAAGGCGAGAUGACAAUCGACCAAAACGAGACGUGAGACCCAAAAGACCAGAACUCUCAGAUUCAGAGAAACAAUUUCGAUCCUGGAAGGAUACCCUUAACACAGACUUCCGUGCAUCUCGUCCAGGUCGCGCGAAGUUGAAUAACUUCUUCCGAGAUGCUCGACAGCUUAUCGAAGUUGACGCUGGUCUCAUGCAAGGAGUGAUACGUGAGCUAUCCGAGGAGACGGGAUUGGAACAUAUUCGAGAUCUUGUGGAGAAUAAAUUCCCCAAAGCCGAGUCGAAGGCAAAGGAGGAAGUCUUCCGGUCACAGGUCCUUCCCAUGCUGGAAACCGUCUCGCACCCUAAGGUUUUAUCAUCGCUGAUCUUAGAACAAGCAGUGGGAACUAUUUACAACGUGCUGUAUGGUAUCAACGGCCGCAGGGCAGCGCUGUUCCUGAGCUCAGUAUGCGAUGUGCUAUCAAAAAUCAGCGAGGAGGAAACGGCCGUAGAGUGGUUGGAAAUUUCACUCCUCGUGUUCGCAAAAAUCGUCGAUCUCAACUCCACCGCAUUCGUUCAAGAUGCACUCAAAGAUCAAGCAAAAAGGUUUCAGCAGCUUUUUCUCCGUAUGGCUGAGGGUGGCCUGGCGAGCUCUCUCCACCACUCGCGCAAUCUUCUUGAUCACCUCCUAUGCCGAUUGGAAAUUGGGAGCUCCCUACCAUCUGCACCGGCGAACGAUAAGCUCGAAAGUGAGCCGAAAUCUACUGCAACAUUUAUGGUACAUCGCGAACCGCCUGGUGGCAGACAUGAUAACGACCAUGCCGAUAUUGUGAACAUCGCUAUCAUGCCAACCCUCGAUGAGAUCCAAAGCUCGCGUAUCGAAUACCUACCGGUCAAUGAUCCUCGUCAGUGGCAUGUGGGUGGUCUGGACGGUUUGUUAGAUCGUAAUUUCCGUCUACUAAGGGAAGACACGAUUGGUCAGCUGCGAGAUGCUAUUCACCAGGAGCUCAAAGGGUCACAGGAACCAGGCCGACAGAUUUCCCAGGUUCGGACACACGUCUAUCCUCGUGCGAAGAUCAGACAAAUCUACUUUGACAAAUUCCUUGGCUUCCAUUUCAAGGUGCAAUUCCCUCAACCGCCACGCGUCAGUGAGAUGUCGGUCAAGGAUCGGGAAAACUGGUGGCAGUUGUCAAAGCGUUUGCUACCCGGUGCUCUUGUGUGUCUCAUCAUGAAUGGACGCAAUGGAAGGACGGUUGUCUUUUGUACCAUCGUGGACGAGCAAGUCAGGUCUCCCAAAAAGCAAACAGACAACGCUAAUAAGGAAAGCGAGAAUGUAGCAUCCCUGUGGGAAGAUGCGAAGGAAGCGUCAGUCAAAAUAAUGCUAGUCGAUACGAAACCCGGCAUGGUCCGCACAAUAUUGAAUAAGGUCCUGAGUAAACGGGAUUUUUCUAUUGUUGAAUUCCCAGGCAUUCUACUGGCUGGCUUCGAACCAACCUUGCGAGCACUGAAGAAGAUCAAGGAGAAUAGGGAGCUACCAUUCCUAGAGAUUCUCGUCGCGAGCGGCAAUGUAGGUCCAGUCGACGUUCCUCCUCCCCUCUAUGCGUUGAGACCCGGAUUUCGCUUUAACCUUCGUUGCUUGAUGAAUAACAAUGCCGACCUAUACGUCCAAGCCGAUAAACCGGUUGAUAUAGAAUAUUUGCAACGCAAUUCAACCCUCGACUGGGCCCAGGCGAGAGCCUUGGUCAAUAGCCUCCAACACCGAAUUGGCUUGAUCCAGGGGCCUCCUGGUACAGGUAAGAGUUACACAGGUGUUGCGCUUAUCCAGGUACUCCUAGCAAAUAAAAAGCAAGGAAAGACAAAUCUUGGUCCUAUGUUAUGUGUUACUUAUACGAACCAUGCCCUGGACCAGUUGCUAGAAGCUCUCAUCGACAAAGGAGUAACGUCCCAGAUUAUACGGAUCGGUUCGCAGUCCAAGUCUGACAAGCUGAGGGCGCUCAAUCUACGACACAUUGCAAAAGAUGCCGAGAAAACCAAGAGGGAGCGACAAGAUCAAUAUCGCCUUCAUUGCGAGAUAGAGGCGUGCGAGGACAAGUUCUCUACCCUGAAGAUCAACCAGGACUUGUUAGCCACUCAUCUCAUCCCUCACCUUCAAGAACUAUAUCCGCGCUAUUAUUCUGGUUUGUUUGGUAAAGACGAGGACGGUUGGAAGAGGGUCGGGCACGGCAAGCCUAGUGCUGUGAUCAGGCGUUGGGUCCAGGCUGGGGGACCAGGAGACGAGAUACGAUCCUUCGACGUGCUCACGUCCCUAAAUCCGUUCCAACUGUCACGAAAAGAAAGAGAGGAACUGUACCAGGUAUGGACGAAAGACGUCACUAAUCUGGUGUAUGAUAAAGUCAUGAAGCUCUGCUCAACACACCAUAUGGCUAAAGCCAAUCUCGACAAUGUUCGAGACGAAGUGGAUCUUCGCUGUCUGGCAGAUGCGGAUGUCAUCGGAGUCACCACGUCUGGUCUGGCUCGAAAUUUGAACAUGCUGCGAAAGCUACAAUCCAAAGUCGUGAUGUGUGAAGAAGCUGGUGAGGUUCUGGAAGCACACCUUCUCACUGCUCUGUUGCCCUCGGUCGAACACGCCAUCCUUAUUGGUGAUCACCUACAACUCCGUCCACAGGUUCAGAAUUACGAGCUCUCACGCGAGAAUCCUAGAGGUGGCGAAAAGUAUUCCCUGGACGUUUCGUUGUUUGAGCGACUGGUGGAAUCGCAGAGUGCCAUGGGUCUGGGUCUUCCGUUCAGUACACUCGAAACGCAACGCAGGAUGCACCCUUCCAUAGCCCAACUAGUUCGGGAUACCCUAUAUCCUCAGAUAAAAGAUGCAGAAUCAGUGUCAAGCUAUCCUGAAGUUGUGGGUAUGCGUCGGAGACUGUUCUGGCUGGACCAUCGCGAGCAAGAGGCGGACGCAGCCAAUACAGGUCCGCUGGCGAGCUCGCACUGGAACGAGUACGAAAUUCAGAUGACAAUGGCUGUGGUCAACCAUCUCGUGCGACAGGGCAGAUACCAUAGCGGCGAUAUUGCUGUCAUUACUCCAUACCUCGGUCAACUCCAUCGACUACGCCAGCUGUUCUCACAACACUUCGCUGUCACACUUGGAGAACGAGAUGCCGAUCAGCUAGAUAGUGCUGGCUUUGGAGCUGGUGAAACUGAUGUCACGCCUGCCGCGAGAGCUACUCUACUGAAGACUUUGAGGGUAGCGACCAUAGACAAUUUCCAAGGCGAAGAGGCCAAAGUCGUUGUUAUAUCGCUGGUGCGGAGUAACUCUCAGAAUCGCUGCGGGUUCUUGCGUACAUCCAACAGAAUAAACGUCCUCCUGUCACGGGCGCAGCAUGGAAUGUACAUUAUUGGCAAUUCCGAGACUUGCGCUCACGUCCCCAUGUGGGCGCAGGUCAUUGACAUCCUUCGGCAUUCGGGCAAUAUAGGAUCACAACUGGAGUUGCAGUGUCCCCGUCACCCUGACACGCCACUCCUGGUCUCUACGCCGCAUCAAUUUUUGCAGCUAUCCCCAGAGGGGGGCUGUAAUCUACGCUGCAUCAACCGUCUUCCCUGUGGCCAUGCUUGUGAGCAAAAGUGCCAUUCGGAACUGCUUCACAACGCCGCGUAUUGCCCACAGCCGUGCCCUCGUCCGCGCAAAGGAUGUACUCAUCCGUGUGUCAAGCGGUGCGGUGAUCCUUGUCCGGUCAGGUGUAUGGUGGACGUGUAUAAGGAGGAUAGGAAGCUUGAAUGCGGCCAUUCGAUGCCGAAUUUGCCCUGCUGGCAAGAUCAGGACUUGUCUACUGUCCGCUGCAAGGUGGCUGUCACCAAGACGGUCGAACGUUGCAAGCACGAAAUUGCGGUGAAAUGCCAUCAAGAUGUGAGCUUGGCUACGUUUAAGUGUACCGCGCAGUGUAAUGCCCUCUUGGCUUGUGGACACGCAUGCAAGCGGCCAUGCCACCAUUGUGUACAGCUUCUUGAUAGGGAGGAAGUCCGCAUCGACCAUGGAAGAUGCCAGCAAAAGUGCGGCCGCAAGCACUCGACUUGCGCCCACUUCUGCAGUGCGGUUUGCCAUGGCGAUGAGCCUUGUCCCCCGUGUGGAGAACCAUGUGACGUGCAGUGUGGCCACUCCAAAUGUACCAAGAAAUGUGGGGAACCAUGCACCCCAUGUGCCGAAGAGCGAUGCUUCUCCAGAUGUCCACACAGCGCGUGCACAAUGCCUUGUGCGGCCCCGUGCAACCACAUUCCGUGCUCCAAACGGUGCGACCAGAAGUUGCAGUGUGGUCAUCAGUGUCCGUCGCUAUGUGGCGAGAGAUGUCCUUCUGACAAGUACUGCCAAACGUGUGCAAGCGAAGAAAUCAAACACCAGGUUGUGGACUUUAUCCUGGGUGAGACUUACGAGAACAUCAACCUGGAUGAGAACCCGUGCAUCUUCCCCCGGUGUGGCCAUUUCUUGACGAUGGAAAGCAUGGACGGGCAAAUGGCACUGCAAGAGCACUACGAACUCGACGAACAAGGAAGACCUAUGUCGAUUAAGGAUGCGACGCGUCCGUUCUCCAUGAAUGAUAUCAAGACGUGCGCCACCUGUCGUGGGUCACUGAGAGAUCUCGCCAGAUACGGUCGACUCGUGCGACGAGCGCUACUGGACGAAUCCACCAAGAAGUUCAUCCUUUAUUUGAACCGGGAAUACGUUCCUCUAGAGGAGGAGCUCGCCCGGCAGGUGAAAGUUAUGCAGGAAACAGAGGUUGCAAAUCGAAAAGGACCGGUCUGGCCCGACCAUCUGCCGCUCGAGGGCUCAAUCCAGCAGAACAUCAGGACAAUGACAGAAUUAGUCCACCACACGUCCCCUGGCCGGUGGAAGGAUAUAACCAAGCUUCGCAGCAAGGUCGUUGCCUACCGCAAACGAGUCGCCCUGGACGAACAGCCCUACGACCGAGUCCGUAGCAUGGUCGAGAAUGCCAAACGAAGGAAGAAGACCGACGGAGACUUUGACUUUGACGACACCAUCCUCCAGUCAAAGGGCCUCCUCCUCGCUAUCGCGCUGAACCUCCGCCUCGACAUCGCCCUGCUAACGGAUUUCCUGUCCGUCAAGGAUCGUGCCUCAUCGCAAACAGGCAAGAUCACCGUCUCCAUCAGCCUGCAAGACGCAAGAGACGAGUGCGCUACACUCAUCAGCCUCGCAGGCUCCUCCGGCCGCAUCCGCCAACAAGCAGAGGGCUACACUUUCCUUGCGCACCUCCACGCCCUCGAACGAUCCCAAGCCAGUUCACCGCAAGCCGCGGAGACACGCCUUCGAGAAGGGCGAGAGGCGGCCGCUCACGCGCGAUCCCUCUGCGUGCAGCACCCAACCCCGACGAGAGGUCUUUUGCCUGAUAUCGAGACAAUUGAUAGAAUGCUCCGCGACUCCACGUUUUACGCCGUGGUGACGAACGAAGAGCGCAUGGCGGUGGUGGCGGCCAUGGCGCGCGAGUUCCAUGGCACGGGGCAUUGGUAUUAUUGCCGGAACGGACACCCGUUUACGAUUGGAGAGUGUGGGGGUGCGAUGGAGCAGACGGCGUGUCCUGAGUGCGGGGAGCCGGUUGGGGGGAGGGCGCACCGCGUAGCCGAGGGGGUGACGCGGGCAGACGAUUUGGAGAUGGCGUUUGGAAGGAUGCAUCUGUGA